GGUUUUGGCCCUGCUGCCCUACAUGCCCCGUGUGCCCCCCGGGGCCCUGCUGGGGAAGGUGACAGCCACCACCUUCGCGCUGGAGAGACCCUGCUGCGUCUUCGACCGGCUCACCAACACCUCCGACGCCGUCUGGCUGGUGGUGGCUUUCGCCAACGCCUCGGCCACCUUCAGAAACCCCCCAUCCCGUGCCGACGUGCCCCUCUACGAGGGGCUGCCCACUGCCCACGCCUACAUGACGUUGGAGACAGCGGCGGCCGCCUACGCCUGCUCGGCACCUGGCCCGGCCGUCCUGCGGGUCGGUGGGGACGCGGCGUGCGGGGGCCAGCACGGCCAGGCAGCCUGCAACGGGCCCCUGCCCUCCCCGGGGCCGUACAGGGUGAAGUUCCUGGUGAUGGACUGCCACGGCCCCAAAGCGGAGACGAGGUGGUCCGAGCCCAUCCUCCUGCGGAGAGCCCGCAGCCCGAGCACCGUUGACCCCACUCCCGCGCGCCGCAGCAGCGACGUGGUCGUCAUCGCCUCCAUCCUGGCCAGCCUCGGAGCCGGGCUGGCCGUGGCAGCGCUCGGUGCCAUGGGCGCCGAGGCGUGGAGACUCCUGCGCCGCCGGGAUUUCAGGACUGCCUUCUCCCAGCGGUCCUACAGGACCCACCACAUCUCUCCCGCCCUGCCCCAGCCCCCCUGCUGUGGGUGCUGCAGGUCGGCAAAGAGCUGCUCUGCCCCGCGGCCUCGCGGUCCGUGCGCUGCCGAGUAAAC